AGGCGUCAAUAUUGGAAGCGUGCAUUGUCGACGUCCGAGGCCAUGAUUGCGCCCUACUGGUUGACGGGAGUGUGAAAUUGAAAUUCGGAAAUAGCGGAGAUACCGGCUUCUCCGCAGCGGCACCUAGGAGCGGCCUAUCGACGGAGCUACCAGAGCUCCCGUGUCCAACUCGAUGGCGUCUUUGAAACGCCGCCGUGCCAUCUUGACUCUCCAGAGACGAGAGAUCCAGAAUGAGCUCCUCGCAUGCACCCACCAGCCCGCCCGGUGACGGAGACGACGCAGGAACGGUCAGGUACGACCCCCGCGAUCCGUUCUGGCGAGAUAUCGAGGCCGAGGAGAGUGAUGACGACAUGGAGUACAUUCCCGCCUCCCAAGGCAGCGACGGAGAGGGCGACGACGAUUUGGAUAUUAGCUUCCACGAUGCCGCCGAACACCUGAGCAAUCUGAGCGGGGUUGAAUUGGUCUUCGAGUCCACAAACGACGACGACGACGACGACGACGAUGAGGAUGACGAGGAUGACGACGAAGACCAAGACCAAGACGAGGACGGUGAGGGCGAAGAGGAAGAGGACGACGGAGCACGGCGGCCGGUAUACAUCACCCGCGACCAGAUCAUGCAGCUGCUCGGCCACGCGGGGCUGAGCCGGAUCUUUGCGUCGGACAUCACCACACGGGCAGCAGCGCGACGCGCAAGGACCGACGGGGACAACGAAGACGACAGCGACCCCGGCACAGGCUACGACGCGGUGGGGCCGAGGAGCAGCAGACGAGCGCGGCGCGCGCGUGGCGAGGCUCUCUACGAGAAGGUGCCGAGCGAACAGGGCCAAGAGCUAAUGAACGGCGGCCUCUUCGGGUCGAACACGCGGCGAGAAGACACGGUGAGGCGCAAGAAGCGGCUGGCAUACAACAUCAUGCGGCGCGAGCUGGGCGUGGGGAGCGCGGGCCGGCAGAAGAACGUCACGCAGCUGAUGAAGCAGGACAUGCUGCCCGAGUCUGCUGCCGACACCAUCAUUCACUACAAUGCGCGAUGCUACUCGGGCCAGUUCUCCGACGACGGCAACUUCUUCUUCUCGUGCGCGCAGGACUUCCGCGUCAGAAUGUACGACACGUCGAAUCCAUACGACUGGAAGUACUACAAGUCGGUCGUCUACCCAUACGGCCAGUGGACCAUUACAGACGCCUCGCUCAGCCCAGACAACCGGUUCCUCGCGUACAGCUCGAUCCGCAGCAUAGUGUGUCUGGCCGGCACGGAUCCCGCCGACGACUCGGAGCCCAGCCUCCUCGACUUGUCGCACCUCGGCACGGGCACGCCUCGCGGGUUCCACACGUACUUUGGCAUCUGGUCCAUCCGCUUCUCGGGCGACGGGCGCGAGAUUGUGGCCGGCACGGGCGACAACAGCGUCUACGUGUACGACAUUGAGCGGCGGCAGUCGGUGCUGCGGAUCCCCGGACACGAAGACGACGUCAACGCCGUGUGCUUUGGCGACUCGCAGUCGCCGCACAUUCUCUACUCGGGGUCGGACGACACGACGCUCAAGGUGUGGGACCGGCGGUCGAUGGGCGACGGGCGCGAAGCCGGCGUGUUCCUGGGCCACACAGAGGGCCUGACGUACGUGGACAGCAAAGGCGACGGGCGGUACGUGCUGUCCAACGGCAAGGACCAGACGGCCAAGCUGUGGGAUCUGCGCAAGAUGAUGAGCAAGGAAAAGGCAGACGGCAUCGACCCCAACCACUACACGACGCGGUUCGAGUACCGGUCCAACGCAUACGACCCGGCCGACUUCCGGCCGCACCCGCACGACUGCUCGCUCGUCACGUUCCGCGGGCACAAGGUGCUGAAGACGCUCAUCCGGUGCCACUUCAGCCCGCCCGGCAGCACGGACAGUCGGUACGUGUACAGCGGGAGCUACGACGGGAGCGUGUACGUGUGGAACCUGGACGCGACGCUGGCGGGCAAGGUGAAUGUGCUAAAGGCGACCAAGAACAGCCGGCCGCGGGACCCCGAGCUGAUGGCCGAGACGUACGACUACUGGGGCCGGAACGGCGGGAACUGGAUGACGUGCGUCAGGGAUGCGAGCUGGCAUCCCAACGCGCCGCUGAUUGCCGCAACGUCUUGGAAUGGAUGGGGCACGUCGCAAGGCACGUGCACGGUGCAUAGCUGGAACGAUGGGCUCGACGCCGACGAGGCAGAGCCGCAGAUGGGGCGGAGAGUCAAUGCGCAGCUGCAGCACGACGAGCGGCUGUACAGGAGCGCAGAAGAGGCGCGGUCGAGAAGACAGCCGGCGUGGUACGAGAAUGACGAGUGGGAGGACGACGAGUGAGGGCGGCGAGUGAGGGCGACGAGUGGGAGGGCGACGAGUGAGAGGACGAGUGAGACGACGAGUGGGAGGGCGACGAGUGAGGGCGACGAGUGAGAGGGCGAGUGAGACGACGAGUGAGACGACGAGUGAGACGACGAGUGAGACGACGAGUGAGACGACGAGUGGGAGCGUCGCUCACGGGCGCUGCUUGCAUUCACGCAGACAAGGGAAAUGGAACUGAUCUGUCGCGCGUGGCGUUCGCGCAGGUAUCUCAUUGGCAUACAAAACUCCCGCUGGCCCAGUGUCCUCUCCCUAAUGUACAGCUUUUAGACGGGCCCAUGCAUCCUCUGUGCUCGGACAAGUGUCCUUGCGUCUCGCCUCCCGCCGUCC